CGGGAGAGCGCGGCGGGGCCGGAAGGAAAUGGAGGUGGCACAUGGCGGGCGGUUUAGAUGUCUCAAUGGAUACGUGGAAUUUUUUCUACACUUGCCUGGUGUCCUUAUGGCUGCACAGAAUUUACAUCUAUUCUGUUAUGGCUUUUGGGAUCAGCCUUUGGAUUGCCAUUCAGUUCUUCACUACCAAAGCCAAGAGGAAGGAUGAAAAUUCCAAUGGGAAUCUAGUGUCUUCUGAGGUAGUAGAAGGCAAACUAGUCAAUGGAUAUGCUACUCUGCAGCCAAAGGAGGUCUGUGUUGCUGGAGUGAAGAUUUUCUAUGGGUCUCAAACUGGCACAGCAAAGAGAUUUGCAAAGGAUUUGGCUGAAGCUGUUACUUGCCUUAAUUUGCCUGUGGAAGUCAUUAACAUGGGAGAUUAUGAUCCUGAUGAUUGUCUAGCAGAGGAGACAACCAGCAGGAACAUCUGUGUGUUCCUGGUAGCUACGUACACAGAUGGGCAGCCAACUGAGAGCGCAGCCUGGUUCUGCAAGUGGUUGGAAGAGACUGCGAAUGACUUCCGCUUUGGCAAAAUGUAUCUGAAGGGCCUGAGAUAUGCUGUGUUUGGCUUGGGAAACUCAGUUUAUGUUGAUCAUUACAACACGGUUGGAAGAAAUAUUGACAGGUGGCUGUGGAUGCUCAGUGCCAGGCGUAUCAUGACUCGAGCCGAGGGGGACUGCAAUGUGGUCCAGAGCAAGCAUGGCAGCAUUGAGGCUGACUUUGAAGCCUGGAAAUCCAAGUUCCUCAGUUGUCUCCAGGCCCUCUGCAGAGGGGAAAAGAAGCCCUGCAGUGGGAAGUGCAAGAAAGGGAAGUGCAAAUCCCAAGGGAAGCAGAGUAAGGAGGGUUCAAAUCAUGAACGUGGAGCACCAGAGUUUGAGAACACUGAGGCUGAAGAAUUGUUUGAAACCACCAGUGAGGAGGAAGCUGAUGCUGAGGAAAUUGGAGGCACAGAUUCUGUUGUAGAUGUUGAAGAUCUUGGCAAAAUCAUGAGUCACGUGAAGAAAGCUAAGAGAGAACGUGAGCUGGAGGAUGGAAAUGCUGGAAUGAGCUUGCUUGGAGAGACCUCUGGGAGGAAGGAGGCGGGUGAAAGGAGAGAAAUGAUAACUGCAGCCCUGAGGGAUGCGCUCACAAAACAAGGCUAUAAGUUGAUAGGAAGCCAUUCUGGAGUGAAGCUCUGUCGGUGGACAAAGUCGAUGCUCCGAGGCAGAGGUGGCUGCUACAAGCACACGUUCUAUGGAAUCGAGAGCCACCGCUGCAUGGAAGCCACGCCGAGCCUGGCCUGUGCCAACAAAUGUGUGUUCUGCUGGAGACAUCAUACAAAUCCCGUGGGCACAGAGUGGCGAUGGAAAAUGGACCAACCUGAGAUGAUCUUGAGGGAAGCUCUUGAGAAUCAUCAGAACAUGAUCAAGGAGUUCAAAGGAGUGACAGGAGUGAGGGCAGAGCGCUUCGAGGAGGCGAUGUCGGCGAAGCACUGCGCUCUGUCCCUGGUGGGAGAGCCCAUCAUGUACCCCGACAUCAACCGCUUCCUGCGGCUCCUGCACCAGCGUGGCAUCUCCAGCUUCCUGGUUACCAACGCACAGUUCCCAGAGGAGAUCAGGAACUUGGAGCCUGUCACACAGCUGUAUGUCAGUGUAGAUGCCAGCACCAAGGAGAGCCUGAAGAGAAUUGAUAGACCCCUCUUCAAAGACUUCUGGCAGAGGUUCCUGGACAGCUUAAAGGCCUUGUCUGAAAAGCAACAGCGCACGGUCUAUAGGCUGACAUUGGUGAAAGCUUGGAAUGUGGAUGAGCUCAAAGCCUAUGCUGACCUGGUGUCCCUCGGAAAACCAGACUUCAUCGAGGUCAAGGGAGUGACAUACUGCGGUGACAGCUCGGCCAGCAGCCUCACCAUGGCCAACGUCCCCUGGCACGAGGAGGUCGUGCACUUCGUCCAGGAGCUGACCCAGCUCCUCCCAGACUACGGCAUCGCCUGUGAGCACGAGCACUCCAACUGCCUCCUGAUAGCUCACAAAAAGAAUUUCAGGCUCCAGUGGAGAAUAAAAUUUGUCAGUGUAUAUUAUUUGCAGAAAACGUGUGCUCUGGGAAGGAUCAAACUGCGGAAUUAAAACCGUCUGGAUGCAGCGCCGGUGUAAUUGGCAGAUGAGUUGUUCAGCUCAGCAGCAGGCACAGAUUAAAAAUUAAAAAAAAAACCCUGCAAUAAGGAGCCUGUUCUUUAGAACAACUCACACAUGAUUAGAUGUAAUAAAUAGAAGCAGAGGAGGGGUCCCACGAGUGUCUGGGGCCACAAUCCUACGUCCCAGCGUGGCUGCAGCUCUGCAGGGUUCUCCAUCUCCUGCACUGGGGCUGUGUGCUGCAGAUGGGUCAGUUGCAACCUCCUGUUUUGUAACUUAAUUAGCCUAAUUUCUCCCACCCAGCUCUUGAGGUUACAGUUGGUAAUGAAAAAAGAGGAAGAUUUUUAGUUUUUAGCAAGCUGUAUGACCCUGUUUAGGAUUAAUACAGUAUUUCUCCUUUAUUUUCUUUCCUGGAAUGAUUCCAGUUCUGUCACUUUUGCCGUUGAGUAAAGGGAGCCCUAAAUAAUUGUGAGCCUUAAUUAGAUGAGAAACUGCAUGUAAUAGCAUAAUGAAUUAUUUGUUUGACUUCAGAGAGCUUUGUAGUGGCAAAAGUACUCACUGCAGUCGCAUGGUGCUGGUGUGUGCAGUCAGUAACGCCCCUGUAUGAGGGUGCAGGAGUUGUUGUGUUUAUUGAAAUGAUCAUCUGUCUUCAGGUUUACAUGAAGGAGCUCAGGACUGUGAUAAUAGGGAUGAUUUUCUGGCUGUCCCCCUUCCAGGCACAGAGCAGCAGUAGGAAACCCUGAGCUGUGUUGCACAUGGGCAGUGGGACCUCCUCCCUGAGCAGCACAUCCAUGGAGCAUCACCCCACACCUCUCCUCUUUUGAGACCCCAGAGCUCUCAAACAUUUCAAAGCAGCCCUGAAAAGUGACGUGGGGCUGAAAGUGGGGCUGUGCCCCUCAGCAAGGGAACUGUAAAGGUCAGGCCUCACAGACCCAGCCCUGGAGGCAGCAGUAGGGCCGUCCCAUCCCAGCCUUGCUCUGCCUCUGUGUCUGUGAUAUUUAAAUUCUUCCUGCAUGCAAGAGCCCAGCUGCACCGUCUAGACAGCCCACGGCCUCAGUGUGUUAUGGAAGAUCCAGAUGUGCACAUGCCCCACCACAUCUGGUUUGCAGACAGGUUCUCUGUGCAGUCUCUUCAGGACUGAUGUGCUGCAGUGGAGCGGGGUUCAGUGAGUGGCCCUGCUCUCUGGUGGCAUUGAGAAUGCACGAGGAAAAUAGUGAUUGGUGUUGGCUUCAGCGUGGCCACUCCUAGACAGAAUUAUUUCCUUAUUCCAAGCUGGAUGUCCUGCGGAUCGAUGAGAUUUGCAGUGGGAUGCAGCCCACACCCCUGGCAGAGAGCUGUGUGGGUGCUGGGAAACACACAGCCCUAAGUUUGACUUUCGAGAUCAUAAAUAUGGAAGGGAGGAACUGAAAGCCAAAGGAAUAAAAAGAAACCCCACUUUCUUAAGCGCAGAAGCACAAAGUCCCAUUCCAUCUCCCCAGAAGAGUGCCUUUUCAUUACCAGGAAAAGGAUCUAUUGCGGCUCAGCAAGGGAGGAUGCUGGAAUACAGACUGGAGAUACUUGUCUGCCUUUCCAAAGAUUUUUUUCUUCUUGAGGGAUAAAAAUGGAGGGGGAGUAGUGUUGGCUUUUUCAAUACCUCUGUGAUUUUCAAGGCCCAGACAGCACAGGGUGUGUUGUGCUGCAGGCUCUGAACGCACUGCUUCCCUUAACAACGAGAAGCAGGGAAUCCAGCAGCCUUUGUGGAUGGAGCAGCAGUUUGUUGGGGAAGCUGCAGUAGGGCAGAAGGCCUCAUCCCUUCCAAACACUAAGGAGCAGAGCCAGCACCAGGUUGGUUGUAGUUGUUGGGAUGGGACAUAGAAGUGUAGAGUAAGGAAGGAAGAAUCCGUGCUGCCAGCCUUGCAGCUCUGCUGCUGAGAUCUGCUCUUGCAAAAGGCUCUUUAAUGUUUCACGCUGUGUGCAAAGCAGAACAAGUGUUGUUUGAAGUAUUGGCCGUGACCAGUUUUUAUUUUUUAAAUGCUGGGAAUUGGAAGUAGAAAAGCUGUUAAGGGAUCUACACAUCCUCCUGCAUCGCUGCAGCCGUGCCCUGUUUUCCCUGCUCGCCACUGAUGGGUCUUUGUGCAGUCUUUAAGCUGCGUAUAAAACUGCUGUGUUGAGCUGUUAAACACAGAGCCUGUGCGCAGGGAAGGAUCCAUCUGUUGCAUCACAAGGUCUGUGCGUUUGCCCAUGCAGCUGCAAGCAGCCAAAGAGCCAAGGCAGGACCAGCCCUGCUCCCCACUGAUGCUCCACAUGCUGGGCCAUCCUGACCUGGGGACACACUUGUCUCAUAGGGAAUGAGAAAAGUGAUGGUGCAGAGGAGCUGCCAUUCAGCCUGUUUUCCUCCAAGGGGAAUGCAGCACUGUCCUUGUUAGGACAAGCUCUGUGGGCUCUGGCCAAUUUCCAUCCCUCAGCAUUGGUGUUUUGUGUCACCAUUUCCACCUCUCUUCUCUAUUUCAUCAUUUUACAUCAACUCCACGUUUAUUUCUUGGUAAUCACAUGUCUGGGCCAACGCAGUAAAGCGUCCCAUACAUCUUUAGCCCCCCAAAUUGUUUAUUCAGGUAGGUUGGUAGGAACUGUGUAGUGUGGCUCUUCGUCACGAAUGUUGAUGGGUUUAUGUGGCGAGAACUCCUCUCUGCACAGACUAAACAAACAGCUCCAAACGUUCUGCAGAGGUUGAUUUAAAGAAAUGUCCUGUUCAUAUCCACCAUUGUGAAUGUACCCAUAGUGCUGCAGCUCUGCGUUGUGCUGUGGAACAGCUGCACAUAAAGUGCUCUCAGCACUUGGUAGCAUGGAGGUGAUGCUCAGCGUGGGCGCAGCUGUCUGACCCCAAUCUCUGUCUGCUUUCAGCUGACUAUAAGGCCACAACGAGUUCCCCCCUCAUUGUCUCCUUCUCUCAUUUCUCCCGUACCAUUAGACCUGCAGAAAUCAGGUUUUGUAUUGCUGGGCACCAGCAUGGUGUGAGGGCCAGGCUGCAUGGGAUGCUGGGCAGUUCUGCUGCUUGUUGGCAGCCUUGUCCACAAUGGGGGUUGGAGCUUCAAGGUCCCUUCCAACCUAAGCCCUUCUGUGAUCAUGGAUGGAAGAACCCACGUUGGGACCUUGGGGACAUGGAGACGAGGGCUUUGGGGACAGCAAGCACCAGCCCCAGUGUUGCCUCCAAGCCAUAGGGAGAUGCUGGCUAUCCCUUUGCAGACAGCACAGCCUCAGCGCCUCUUGAAGAAGCUUUACGGCUCAUUUUAUGAUGCUAACUUAAGGAAAAAACACCAGGGGAGGGUUCCAACUGUUUGUCUUUCCCCGAUGUGUUUGUCACCUUAAAAGGCUUAACCAGGUAGCGAAGAAUUCAAUAAAACGCCCCGCUGCGUUACUGUGAGCUAACACCAGUGCCUGUUAUAUGGCUGUUGUGAAACAGUGUUGAGCCUUAAAUCUUUCAUUAUCUGCGGAAUAAUCAUAAAAUUGUUAAAACCCCAUCUGUAAAUCUCGUGGGCCAUUGAGACUGUUCCACCCCGCCCUAUAUUGGUCUGGUUUUCAUUCCUUCACAGAAGUAAAUGGUUUCCAUGACACAUGUGAGGGAUGGCCCCCAUUUCUUUGUGUUAUACUGCUGUGGUAUCGCAGCAGUAAAAAAAAAAAUAUAUAUAUUUAAUAUCAUUUGAUCUGCUUUUGUAGCAAAACCCAGGCAGCCUUCGCUCAGUCAGCGGGGGGAGCAGCCUUGGUGUGCUGCUGUGCCUGGACACAGAGCAAACAGUGUGAUGUCUCCCAUAUGUGACCCAGCCAAGGUUCAGGAUAGAUGGGGUUAGCACAAGCCUGGGGAGUUGGCUUGGAUGCUGGGAGCUGCUGUGGCCACAGAGAGCAGUGGAAAGGACCAGCUCCAUCCAGAGAGGGGUUUUGUCCUCCGGAGGGCACGUGCACAGUUUUACUCCCAAGGGUGAGGACCUGCAAUGUGCCUUCUGCAGCUGUCUCCUGGGUGCAGGGGUGUUUUGGGGCAGGGUUUGGUGCUGCAUGUGGUGCUGUGCUUCCCUGUGUUCUCCUGGUGGAUGUGGCCCCACCUGCCCCACGGAAGAAGUUUCAGUGUGGGAGAUGUUCAGCUUUACCCCUUUCUGCUGCUGGCCUCGUUGAAGGUUGUAGGAACUGAUAGCGUGGUGAAGUACAGCUGUGGCACAACAGAAAGAACAGUUUGCUUUGGAAAGGAGAAAGCAUCUCGUUGUCUCCCAGGAGCACAUUUCGGGCUCCCACCCCCUACAAGGCAGUGUUUCCCCCAGCAGUGAUAUUCUGCUGGGACUGGGAGGGAUGCAGCAUCUCUGCCCUUUGAGGAUGGGGCUGAGCACCCACGUUCUGCAGCUGGGGCACCAUGGGCUGUGCAGCAGAACCUCAUCUCAGCCCCUCUGCAUGGCAUAGGCAUCCAACUGCAGCUUUGUCUGCAGGUGAAGGGUGCUGCAGGGUCCCCUCCCCUCCUGAGAUGAGAGCAUCCCAGGGAUUUUUGAGGAAGCAGCCUCUCCAGAAUGACCUCCUCAGCCAAUCUCAGGUCUGAGCUGCGUUUCUGUUCUUUGUGUGAAAGGUUUCUCUUAGCUGGCCUUGAGUCUGUCAUCAUGGCAAUGAACUGAACCACUGGCUGCGUGCUAAGCAGCUCUGCCUUGUGAUGAGAGCCUCAGGUCCUGGGUGCUGGAGGCUUUUUGCUCCCUGCUGCCCUGCAGCCCCGCAUCCCUGCCCUGUGCAGGGACUCCUCCUGCGAGAGCUCACUGCAAUUGCACAGCAACAGAUGAACAUUGGCAAGGCUGGAUUCGUGAUUUUGCAGGUAUCAGCAGUUUUUCCAACCAAAAAAGCUUUUAGCUCUUGGGCAGAAAGUCAAGUGCCAUUUAAAUGCAUAACCAUCAGGUUUCAA